GUCCAACUUUCUUCGAGUUUAUUUCAAGUUUUAUUAAUUCCUAACGAAGUAUUAACCGUAAUUAGUUGUUUCAGGCUUCCUUAUUUUAGUCAGUGUACACCUAAAGUAGUGUCCAAGCAACCAUGGCAUCCCACGUAGCAAAAUCUUUAGUUAAAGCAUCCCAUGUUGGCUCCACAGUUAAGUUUGACACAGCGCGCAGAGCCCUCUCCGUGGGGGCAGCACUGCAACAGAAGAAGACCCUCCCCGACCGCACUGGCAAGAAUGUGGUGCUGGUGGACGGAGUCCGUACUCCCUUCCUGGUCUCCUUCACCGAUUACGCCAAGAUGAUGCCGCACGAGCUGGCGAGACACUCUUUGCUGGGUCUCCUCCAAAAGACAGGCAUAUCCAAGGAGGUGAUCGACUACAUAGUGUACGGGACGGUCAUCCAGGAGGUCAAAACUUCCAACAUCGGUCGCGAGGCGGCGCUGGCGGCUGGCUUCAGCGACCGCACGCCUGCGCACACCGUCACUAUGGCUUGCAUAUCGGCUAACCAGGCUAUUACUACCGGCGUGGGCAUGAUCGCGGCGGGCGCUUACGACGUGAUCGUAGCCGGUGGCGUGGAGUUCAUGUCGGAUGUGCCCAUCAGGCACUCGCGCAAGAUGCGAGCGCUACUGCUGCGCCUUAACCGCGCCAAGACUCCUGCGCAGAGACUUGCGCUUUUGGCGUCUAUCAGGCCUGAUUACUUCGCGCCCGAGCUGCCCGCCGUGGCGGAGUUCUCGUCAGGCGAGACGAUGGGCCACAGCGCCGACCGGCUGGCGGCGGCUUUCGGCGCCACGCGCAAGGAGCAAGACGACUACGCGCUGCGCUCACACACGCUCGCGGCGCAGGCGCAGCAGAAGGGAUACUUUACGGACCUCAUCCCCGUCAAAGUGGAGGGCAAGGACGGCCUCGUGGAGAAGGACAACGGCAUCCGCGUGUCGACGCCCGAGCAGCUGGCCAAGCUGCGGCCCGCCUUCAUCAAGCCGCACGGCACCGUCACCGCCGCCAACGCUUCCUUCCUGACGGACGGCGCGUCGGCGUGCCUGGUGAUGUCGGAGGCCAAGGCCAAGGAGCUGGGCCUCAAGCCCAAGGCCUACGUGCGCGACUUCACCUACGUGGCCCAGGACCCGGUAGACCAGCUGCUGCUAGGCCCGGCUUACGGCAUCCCCAAGAUCCUGGAGAAGGCAGGAUUGAAGAUGAGCGACAUCGACACCUGGGAGAUCCACGAGGCUUUCGCUGGCCAAAUCCUUGCCAACUUGAAGGCGUUGGACUCUGACUGGUUCAGCCAGACUUACCUCGGUCGCCAAUCGAAGGUCGGAAGCCCAGACUUGAGCAAGUGGAAUAGCUGGGGUGGAUCGCUCUCUAUUGGCCACCCCUUCGCCGCUACUGGGGUGCGUCUAGCCAUGCACACGGCGCACCGCCUGGUGCGCGAGGACGGCCAGAUCGGGCUGAUCUCGGCCUGCGCGGCUGGCGGCCAAGGCGUCGCUAUGUUACUGGAGAGGCACCCCGACGCGCGCGCCGAAUAGACUAGACUAGCGACCGCACCGCGACCACGCACCUUUACCACCGCUUGAGGUGCAGUCUUGGGCGUACUGAGGAUCUGCUAUAGUCUGGUCUGUGAGCACGUAGAAUUUUGUCCAAUGACCCCUAGCUACCCAUCCUUAUCGCUCGCGCGUAAUUAUGUUGCUGUCGCGCUCGCACACUCACUGCGGGCGCCCGUCGCACAGUCGCGACGGCAAUAUUACGCGCGAGCGAUAAGGAUGGGUUGCUUGGGGUCAUUGGACAAAAUUCUACGUGCUCACAGACCGGGCUUUACCCACUUAAAUUUUUAACCUCUACAUACCUCGUUUUGUUCUACCAGACUUGAGCUGGACAGAAGCUGGGUACGCCCAUAGGUACAGUGGGGAGCUUGAUGCGUCGUCGAUAAAAAAAACCGGCGCCUGCGCAUCACUCGACCACGCACCUGUUACCACCACUCGAGGUGCAGUUUUGGGCGUACUGAGGAUCUGCUACCCACUCUAAAAUUUUAAACCUACAUACCUACCUUAAAAAUUGAGAAACACAAGACAAGUCUAACGCGUCUUUUUUAUACGAGUACAUUAGUUAGUCACUCACAACUUGACGUUUCGGCUGUUACUACAGCCUUGGUCAUAAGCAGACUGGCCGCUCGUUUGAUUUUGGUUUGAUUGGAAAAUGUAAAAGUUACAUACCUUCAUUGAUUCGUUCUAUUUUUACUAGACUUGGGCCAAACAGAAGCUGGGUACGCCCAUAGGUGCAGUGUUAAGCUUGAUGCGUCGUCGAUACAUAAAACCGGCGCCUGCGCAUCACGCAACACCGCAUGUAUUACCACGGCAUAAGGUGCAUAAUGAGCGUGUGGUGUGUCGAGGGUACUGGGACGCUAGUUUGACACAUUGUAUGUUAAAUUAGGUAAUAUUACGUAAUUUGUGUCAAAUUACCGAUUCGGAUAAUUUUCUUUCGUGGAUCCCUCCCACUAGUUUCACCUGUGGGUUUCACCAUAAAGGGUUUAUUUUAAUUGCGAGGGUGUGCUACACUGAAAAAUAAAAUGAAGUUUUAUUA